AUGUCCUUUAUCUGGGGCUUUUUGUCUAUAUUCAAGUUGCGGAUACUUACAAAGCUCGAACGCCGACCGAUCUUGUUCCGCUUCUACUUCCUCGUCAGCGGUGUUUUGAUGAUCCUGGCGAACGGCGUCUUCGGCAUUGCAUACAUCACUUCCGUUCUCAAUACCCCUGCGGGCUGCCAGGUCACAACCACGCCGGGCUGCUCCAAUGUGAUGGCCAUCACUGCUGCUCUGCUCCUCUGGGUAGUCAUCGAAAUUACUCAACUGAUCCACACUAUCUUCAGAUACCGUCACCGAAAACGGAGUUUCGAGAAGAAGACUAGAAGGAAGGACGAGUGGAUAAUAUGGACCAGAGGAUUUCAAGCUUACGCGGUGGCCUUCUUAAGAAAGGGCGCGCCGUGCAACCCCCUUAGCAACGAGGGGUGCUUCGCAAUUCUUGGUAUGGACGCUUUUGUUGGCCUGGCUGUCUUGAUGCAAGUUUUUCAGAUCUAUUCAAUGGUUCGGUCGUACAGUCGGACAAUGCAACGGCUGAGACAUGCCCGUGAUAAUUUGAAAGAGGGGCUGGAGCGUACGAGGUGGGAAAUGGAACUCAUGCCCGGAUACGCCUUUGAUCAGGAACAGAAGGAGGAGCAGGAGAAGAAAAGGGUCAAGAAGGAGCGCGAGCAAGCCGAAGCUUGGGAGAGGGAAGACAAAGACCGCAGGAAGGCGGCACAAACCCGAGGAUACCCCGACGGUGGAAGGAGGAAUAUGGAGCAACGACAUGGGCCCAGCGACCGCCACGGAGGAAAUGGUGUCAGCCGAUGGAGAUCUGAAGUCAGAAAGGCAUGUCCAACAAGGCCCGCGGAAGACGCAAGAUCAGGCCGACAGAGGCAGUGGGCACAGUACAGUGUCUCGCCGAGGAAUGAAUGGCACGAGCCAAAGGAGACGGGUAGAAAUCAGGCGCCCGAAGAGAGUACUGGUCAACUCCGCUUCGUUCCUAAGAUCUGA